AGCGAUGGUUUUCUCCCUCCAGUCACAUCUGACGGAGCUUUUUAUUAUUUGCGAAAUGAAAAGCGAAAUUAAACCUGACGAGAAAAAGAAAAAAAAACCGAGAGGGAGCCAGGGCAGGAUUGAUUUACUUGCUGUAUUGGUAAAUAUGACCACGUGAUCCAUGUAACCAAUCCCUGUAGAUGCAGGCCAAGCAAAAAUACCAUGAUUGUUCAUAGAGGGAAGCUUCCCGUAACAGUGCAACCCUUAUUAUAUGAGUAGGAAGAGAUCAAAAAUGUCUUCCAGUGGCACUCUCAGUAACUGCUAUGUGGACGCUAUCAUGGGGCAGGAGCCGGAGGAUGUUUACGGCGCUCGCUUUCUCCAGGCUCCACACCCGGUGACCCCGAGGCCGUCAGGUGCCGGGGACAACGCAGACUUCUCCUCCUGCAAUUUUGCACCAAAGUCCGCCGUCUUCCCCUCGUCGUGGUCCUCGAUUCACCCGCAGGGGAUUUAUCAUCCGUACGCGCACCACCACCACCACCACCACCAGUCCCCGCAUCUGCCCGCGUCGGACGGGAGAUACGUGGGCGUCCGCUCCUGGAUGGACCCCAUAUCCAACCACGUUUCGUUCGCCGGAUUUCACGCCAGCAGCCGCUCGUACGGGACAAAGCCCGAGGUGCUGCCGCCCAAAGCUGCCGCGGAGUGCGACACGUUGGAGGCAGAGGCUCGGCCGCUGGAGUUCGCGUGUGCAGCGUCGGAGUGUCCGGAGAAGGCGAGCAAAGAGCACAGUGGCAGCGAGCUGUCGAGCCACAGCGAGCCCAAAGAGGAGAAACAACAACAACUUGACCCAAGCAACCCUGCAGCAAACUGGAUUCACGCACGCUCCACGAGAAAGAAGCGAUGCCCGUACACGAAAUAUCAGACUUUAGAGCUGGAGAAGGAGUUCCUCUUCAACAUGUAUCUGACAAGAGACCGGCGCUACGAGGUUGCCCGCAUACUGAGUUUAACCGAGAGACAAGUGAAGAUCUGGUUCCAGAACAGGAGGAUGAAAAUGAAGAAGAUGAACAGGGAGAGGGGCGGCAAGGAUCUGCUAUGAGUCCCCUGCUGCUGCUGCUGCUGCUGCUGCUGCUGCUGCUGCCAUUUCACACGUUUCCAUGUUUGUACCAACUGAAGCCAUCUGAACCAUUACAUUUCUUUUUUGGUAGGAGCCUCGGUUGGCAAUCUUUUAGACCUUCUUUUAGCAACAUAUUGAGUGUGAGUGUCACUACUUUUAAGCCCAACGCGCAGGAGUCUGUCCCGGUGAGACUGCCACAGACAGGAUCCCUCAUCAGAGACUUCAGCCACUUGGAAGUUUUCGGUUUUUACCAUUUUCCACACAAUCACAAACUGCUGAUUGUGGAGCAGCCCCCCUUUCUCCCACGUAGGAAACGUGCCUAUAUGUGUAUUGCUUUUAUAGUUGUUAAGAAUUUGGAGUUGUGUAUAUAUAAAACACUUUCACAGCUAAACUACUUUUGACUGCUGUUUGUCUCAGGACGCACACCAUACGCAAACUGUGGGGGAAUAUUGCGCCUGCGUUGCCUUCUGAAAAACCUUCUUAAAACAAGGGAAAGCAAACUCUACAUUUCAUUUUAAAUAUAUAUACGUCUAUUGAACAUGUUUCCCUUUAAUUAACACAUUUAACUACUUUUAUUUCCUGCGUGCUGCUGCUAUUUUGUGACCU